AUGGCUGACGAGAUUCAAAAAGUGAAAAAUGACAUAGCUUUAAAUAAUGCAGUAAUAUUUAUUGGUGCAGGUGUAUCUAUGUACACAACCAACGGUGAACAAGAAGUUUCGCAUUGGAAUGGAUUAUUAAAACAUGGUCUUCAACGAUGUUAUCAAUCAGGAUGGAUUAAUGACAAAGAGUUUGAAGAUUUCAAUAACAGAUUCAAGAGUAACACAGUGGAGGUUAAUGAUUUUUUACAUGCUGCUGAUCGAAUUAAAUAUUGUUUCAAACAGCAAAGUGAAGUUAGAAAAGAUAAUGUUUACAAAAUAUGGUUAAUGGAAACAGUAGGAAAACUAUUAGCAAAAAAGCCGGAACUUAUCAAAGCAAUAGGAGAACUAGGUAGUCCAAUUUUAACAACUAAUUAUGAUUCGCUUCUAGAAAAUGUGCUAGAUAGAAGACCAUUAACUUGGAAAAAUUAUUAUAAUGAUGGCUUCAAACAUUCAUUGGAAAAUUUGAAACAUUAUAUACUACAUGUACACGGAUAUUUUCAAGAACCGGACAGUAUGAUUUUCACUAGCGAUGCUUAUAAUCGAUUUUGUAAAAACGAAUUUGGACAAUCAAACUUGAAAGCAUUUCUGCACAAAAAAGCCUUAGUAUUCAUUGGAUACGAUAGCGAAAUGUUUGAUCCUAAAUUAUCGAAUUUAUUAAAAUGGAUAUUUCAUGUAACAGGUGAAAAAUCCUUGUCAAUUUAUAGAAUUAUUUCAUCGAAUACGCAUAAACUAUUUCAUCAAAUAUCAGAUACUUCAUUUUUCGACAAUAUAAAAGAACUUCACUAUGGCAAGACUUCAGAAGAUUUAUUACAAUUCAUAAAAAAUUUCAAAUCAUUUACAUCAUUAGUACGUGAACAUUUAUCAUUUACAGACAAAAAAGAAAUGAUUCGCAAAAAAUAUUUGAAUUAUCUUAUUAAGAAAUAUGGACAUAUAUCAAUACUUGGAAGUUCUAACAAUAAUAUUAGUUUACCACUGCAAAGUGUCUAUGUCGAAUUAAAAUUUGAUCCAACACAUCCAUCGAUUAAAGCAAUGAAAACACUUGAACUUAAUGAAGAAUUUAAGCGUAAACUUUUAUCUCAUGGCUUUUUUGAUACAAAUGAAAUGAGAAAACUGAAUAGAGCUAUUAUGGAACGAAGUACAUCUAAUCCAGAAACAAUAUAUCAAGAUUUCAUGAUAGAUCAAUGGUUAAAUGUUCUGUUAAGUAACAAAGAUAUAUUUACCCAAAAUGAAGUAACUGCUAUUAAAAAUAAGGUGAAUCGACUGAAGCGAAGUGUUUUGACAAAAAAUAGUUUGAAUGAAGCAAAACAAUAUCAAAUUCAACAAGCAUACAAUAAAUUUAGACAUUUUGUAAUUCUUGGUCAUCCUGGUUCAGGCAAAACUACUUUAUCGAAAUGGUUAGUAAUGAACAUGGCUAAACAAUGCUUAGGUGAGAAAAACAUGUUAUUUGAUAAUACUUGUGAUUUAAAAGAAAAAAUACCAAUUCUUAUUCCAAUAUGGAAAUAUGUUGAUCAAUUAAAAGAAUAUCAGAAUAAGCAAAAAAUAACUUUGCUUCAAUUUAUAUAUCAACAUGUUACGCUUGAUUCGACAUUUUUCGAUGAUGAAGAUCGAAAACUAUUAUCAUUUUUCAUUAUGGAAUCAUUAGUACAAGGAAAUAUUUUAGUUAUUUUUGAAGGAUUAGAUGAAGUUCCUGCUCACAUAGAUAGAUCUGAUUUAAUGAAAGAAAUCAAUACAUUAUUAGAACGAGGAAUUGAUUAUGAUGUAAAAUGUGAUAAACUUACUUAUUCAAUUUAUGAACAAAAGGAAAUAAAUAAUACUAAAGAUCUAAAUACUGGAAAUCGUUUUAUUGUAACAAGUCGAAUUGAAGGAAAUUAUUUUGAAGAAAUUAAUUUUUAUAUACCAAGAUUAACUAUUGAAGAUAUGUCUAAUGAUGCUCUCAAAUUAUUUUGCCGUUCAUAUAUGAAAUGUAUUGAAAAUUUUUCCAUGAAAGUAGAAAAACAUGUCAAAAAAAAAAAAGCUAAUCAAUUAUAUAAUAAUAUUACGAAAAAUAAAGAUAUUUUUCAAUUAGCAAUUAAUCCACAAUUAGCUAGUGUCAUUGUUACAAUUUAUUAUCAACAUGAAGAUAGAUUACCAGAGAAAAGAAUUGAUUUAUAUGAAAUAGCUAUUGGACAAAUGAUAGAACGAUUAAUCACAUCUGAUAUUAAUUCUCCAACGCAUUAUGUAAGUCAAGAGUUUGGAUUAAAUAGUAUCAUACUAUGGUCAAUAAUGCAAGAAAUAGCUGAAUAUUUACAUAGUAAAACUGAAGGAUUAUCAGAGAAUAUUUUAAAAGAGAUAAUAAGAGUAUGUUUAAUAGAUUAUCAAAAUCAAUUAUUGAGGAAUCAAAAAAUACAUGUUGAUGAUUUAAUUUCAAAACUUGUGGAUAUUUUUAAAUAUCAAGCAGGUUUACUCAAUGAAUUUGGUCAUAAUAGUUUUCGAUUUAUACAUCGUACAUUUCAAGAAUAUCUUGCAGCUAAAAGUAUUAUCUAUUCUUAUGGAAAUCAACGAUCUGAAGAUAUGAUUUAUGAACAUAUCAAAAAUAAAAUUGGUAUUCCUAAUUGGAGAGUACCUCUAAGUAUGACAUUUGGAAUAUUAAGUAAAUCUGUUCAGAAUAAUGGAAUAUUUAAUAAUAUUGUUACAAGAUUAUUAAAGGCUGAACAAGCUUCAUCCAAUACACAAUCUUCUACAGUUCUAAUACCAUUUGUUCUUAUUGAUUCAUUAAAUGAUAUGUCCUUUUUAUCAAAAGAAACAGAAUAUGAAUUGAUUCGAAAACUAGCAGAUGUGCUUUUAUUUGAUUAUAAAAAUAUGUCUGAUUUUUCAAGAUUAAAAGCACAUCAAGAACUAAUUCAUUCAUAUUUCUUGAAAUUGAAAAUAAAAUAUGAUAAUAUACUGGCAGAAUGGUUUAUUGAAAAAAUAAAUCAUGAACAAAACAUUGCUGCAUGUGCCAACAUCAUCUAUAAACUUAAGUGGUAUAAUCCAAUAUUUCAUGAAAUAUUUUUAAAAAAUUUACACAAUGAUUCUAAUAAUUGGAAUUGGCCAAUCGAUUCACUUUUAAGAUUUUAUUCCAGUGAAAUUAAAGAUGAAGCUGUUUUAGUACAAUUAAAAUUCAAAGAUACACUCAAUAAACAUCCAGAAAUUAUCGAACAUAUUGUAAAGAACAAUGAUUGGUUAUGUUUAAUUACAACUCUUUAUGGAGGAUAUAGAAAUUAUAAUACUCCAACAACUAUAUCUGAAUAUUAUGAAAUUUCUCAAUUUCUUCAGUUAAGUGACAAUGAACGGACUCCAUUUAUCUUUUAUUACCAAGAAGUUUGGGGUAGAGAUGAUCCAGCUUAUCGAAUGGCUGUCUAUCUUGAUACAGAGGUACCUAAGGAACGAUGGGAUAAGAAGCCAAUAUUUGACAAAAAUGACAUCUACAAAGAAUCAUUUCUGACAAAUCAAAUACUCAAUUUACUCUCACAGAACAAACCUGCUAAUAGUUUAAUAGAGCAAUUGCAAAAAGAAAUAAGCAAUCAAAACUUAAGCACAAGCGAAAAAACGGAAGCAUUAAUUGUGUUAGUAGCCUUAGGAAAUUACGAUUUUAUAAAUAGUAUUAUAAACGAAGGUGAAGAAACUAUGAUAAAAAUCUUAGAAAACAGAAUACAACAAUUAAUUUCUAUUUUAAAAGAUCCAGUCGCAAGAUGGUCUUCAUAUAUAGCAAAAUAUUUACUUAGAAUUUAUAAUGACAUGAACAUCAAUCGAGUGAAAUACAAUCUUAGUUUUUCCGAUUAUUGCAAAAUAUAUUUAUCAUUCAUAGUUAAUAGUGGAGGAUUACCAGUUGAUACUCAAACACUAGCUGAAGCUAUCGAUAGUAUUGAAGAUAAAUGCUAUCUGUAUGCAGAAUAUUUUGCCUUUAAAUUCACUGGUUCCUCUGAUGAUUUCCGAUACAAUAUUGCUGUCAUAGCAGAUAAAUUUGCUGCAACAGGAAAAACUGAUGAACUUAUAAAAUCAUUUUUAAAAAUUAAUGAUACCAUUCAGAUUUAUAGACCAAUUCGAUCAUAUUCAUGGGUCACAGAUAUAUUUACUUUCAAGUUAAACAACGAAAAUGAUAUCCCAAUAGCAUUUUUCGAUUGUUUAGAGAACAUUAAUAUAAAUGUACCAUAUGUAGUGGAUAGUAUUUCUAAUGUUUUCUUCAACGAAGGAUAUUUCGAUAAAAAUUCUGAAUUGAUUCCAUUAGUGAUAUUGUUACAUUUUGGAAUAAUGUCAACAGACUUAGAUAGAUUUAAGAUCUACAAAAUUUUGCUACCUGAAUUAGUUGAACAGUUAGAUAUCAAAGAUUUUUUAUUUGAGAAAAUUCAAUCAAUGUACAAUCCUUAUUAUAAAUCAAGAGCAUUAUAUCAGUUAGCUGAAUUUUAUGAUGAAAAAAGUUAUGAACUCUUAAAUGAAUCUUUUAUAUUAACAAAGAAUAUUCAAGAUCCAAUUUUAAAGUUUCAAGUUUUGGAAAAAAUUUUUAAUAUUGUUCAUUAUAAGGAAGUAGAACACAAAUUAUUUAUUCAACAAAUAGUUAAUGAAUUAAUUUUAACAUUUGACAAUAUUGCAGAUGUUUAUAAUCGAAUUAUUGCAUCGAUAAAAUUAUCAUUUUAUGGAUCAGGAGAAUUUCGAAAAAAAUAUUUAACUAUUGCAAUAGAUACACUUCUUAUCUUGGAAGAAGAUGAUAAUAAAAUCAAACUUAUUAUUAAAUUACAAUUAUUAACUCGAAUUUAUGAUGAUCUUCAAAUUAAAUUGACUAGAAUUAUAGAAACUCUUCAAAAUAAAAUGUAUACUUAUUUUGUUAAUUCUUAUUAUGGAAGAAUAUUAUUUCAUGAAAAAUUGCAUGUUGAUACGUCUAAAUUAAAUUUAGAUAUAAGUCAAAACUUACAAACCAAGAAUGAUAAUAUUCAAAAUUAUGCUGAACUUGAAUCUUUAUUCUUACUGUUUGCACAAUUGAAUGAUAUCAAACUAUUAAUAAAUAAAACAGAAAACAUAGAUCAAUUAUGGAUUAAUCUUUUAAAAGACAUUGAUAACCAAUCGAAUAUUGAAAAGAUAUUAAACAUUAGUUUACAUAAUGAAAUAUUUUUGACACCACAAAUAGCAAUUAUUAUAGAUGAAUUGGUACGAAAAGAUAAAGUAGAUACGAUUUCAAUUCUUUUUCCAUAUAUUAUAAAACCAUCAAAUGAAGUAUUACCAGUUGUUCAAAGAUGGUUUACGGAUUAUAAUAACAAUAAUCCAAUCAAACGAUUGGCAGCACUCUUACUGGCAGAAGUAAAACAUAUUUUUGAGCCUGCAGUUGAUACAAUUCUAGAUUUAUUAAAAAGUGAUAAUGAUCAAAUGAGAUAUAGAGCUCAACGAAUUUUUCAACAUCCAGAAAGAGAUGUCAGUGAACCUAGUAAGAGAAUAUCUGUCAUUGGUGAAAAAACCUUAAGAAAAAUUCUUCAAGAUGCAUGGAUUAAAGAAUCUCUUCCAAAUGUUCGUACCUAUCUUGGUACUUUUUUCCUUGACGUACUAUGGGAUGAUCCCACAGUUUUUCGAAACUUAUAUGAAAGUGUUGAGCAAUCAAGACAGAUAAACUCUGUUGGUAGAACAAGAUUUGUUUUUGAUAAGAUCCAAUUUAUAAAUGAUCAUACUUGGAAUUCUAUAAUGCGAUCAUUAGAAUUAUCAUCACAUCCGCGGUAUGUGGAAGAACUACUUCAUUCAACGAUGCGUUUAAUCAGACGUUCUCAAAUUAAACAAAAUGAUUGGGUGAACUUUGCGAGAGUUUUAUCAAUUACAGACACCAAUGAAUUUGAGGAAAAGUUAUAUUUUAUACAUACAGAUGUGGAAAAUAUACAAUUUAUUCUUGAUGAAAUUUGUGCCUCAACACAUACUAUUGAUGAAACAUAUUUGGAAAAUCUUGAAUCAAAAUUAAUCAGUCAGAGAACCAUCAAUGUUGAAGAACUUUCACGAUGUAGUUAUGAUGAAAUCAAGCAUAUAGGUCGCUGUAAUUUUACUGUUUCAGUUGAUUUGAAUAAAACAAUACUAAAUAUGUUAAAUAAUACGUCGAUAAAUAUUGUUCUAAUGGAAAAUUUAAUUAAAUGGUUAUUACAAAAAAUGGCUAGUUUUAAUGAUAUUAAUGAUACUGCGUUCUCAUUGAUAUUAUGUGAAAAUCUAUUAUCAUUAGUAUCUGCUUGUGCUCAGAAGGAAGACUAUUUGUAUCGAAAAAUAACAAACUCUCAAAACUUCAAUAAGAUUCAAAUGAUUAAACUUUUAGAAAAAAUGCUUAAUAAUCAUCCAUUUUUUCCAGCAAGAGGCAACGCUUUUAUAUUACUUUCAGUACUGAACCAAUCUGAUCAUAAAGUAAUUGUAAAUGCUAUGAAUACAUUACUGGAUGAAAAUCUUGUAAAAGAAUAUUCUGUGAUUGGAAUUCCUCUAAUACAUUUAUCAGCAGAUGAAUAUAUUAAUGAUUUAUUGGAAUCAUUAAAAAACGAAAGUGCCAUAAAAGCUUAUGAAAUACUCAAAAUUUUAACAGAAUUUACUUUACAUGAAAAAAUAAAUGCAAGCAAUAAAUCAAAAAUUAUAAAUUAUUUAGCAAAAGAAAUAGAACAAUUAAAAUCGAAAAAGCCUAUUAAUUAUUACUAUACAGAUAUUAAAAUUCCUUUUACAACAACAUUGGAAAAUGAAUUAUAUAAAGCAUGGAUUAAAAUACAAGGACUCUCUGGUAAAACACAAUAUUCUAUUAAGAUUGAAGAAUGA